AUGUCGUUCUGUUUGGGCGCUGGGCGUGUGGAGGCUGGGGGGUCCAGUCAGAGGGGCGGGGGGUACCGAGGGAGAGAGAGCGAGCAAGAGCGAGAGCGCGCACGACAGGAGACGAGCAGAGCGAAGGAGAGACGAGAGAGAGCGAGAGAGAGGAGAGAGCGAGAGAGUACGAGACGAGAGCAGAGAGGCGGCGAGAGCAGCCGCGCGCGUGAGAGAAGGGAAGAGAGGAGAAAGAGAGAGAGAGAAAAGAUAGAGAAGAGAGAAGAG